AUGACCGAACAGGACCUCGCCUUCGUGCUGAACAGAUGCCCCGUCCUGGAGAAGCUCCUGAUGACCGGAUGCCGGUGGCCGGUUUGCCUCCGCACUCGGAGCCACAGCCUACGGUUGGUGGAGGUAUGCCAGUGUAUCGCACCAGAAAUCACAGUGGUGAAUGCUCCACGCCUGGAAAGGCUCUUGCUUUGGGAAGCUUGGGGUGGCGGCAGUCUCACCUACAUGUCCUCCAAGAUCAAGAUUGGCCAUGCUCCGAAGCUGCGCUUCCUGGGAUUCUUGGUGCCUGGAAUGCACCAACUGGAGAUUGGGAACACCGCCAUCAAGGCUGAGACAAAGGCAAGCCCAAACACCAUUGUCCCAAGUGUCCAGAUGCUGGCAGUUCAGGUGAAACUUGGAACCCGCAUUGAAGCUAGGAUGUUACCUAGUUUCCUCCGAUGCUUUCCCAACGUCGAGACACUCUACGUCCAGUCCGUAAACGAUGACUUCAAAUUCUGGGGACCUCAAGCAGCUGGCACUGGCAAACUAAAUCUCAAGUUCUGGAAGGAGGCAGGUUUCAUUGAAUGUGUUCAGCGGCACAUCAAGAAGGUGGUUCUCCGUGAGUUCCGAGGGACAAGAAGCGAGCUUGACUUCCUCAAGUUCAUCGCCGAGCAUGCACGAGUUCUUGAGAAGAUGGUGAUUGUGUUGACCCAUGGACAUUCCCCUUCAGAUCCGGUCGCUACCAACCUGAGGACUAGAAUGACUUCUGCAAAAUGGGCCAAUGCAUGCUGUGAGCUGAUGAUUUUUAAGACUCCAUUUGCUCAAGAAGGUACAACUUGGUGCUACCUAUCAGCAUUUAAUCUUUCUAGCACAGACCCUUUUGAUGUUUCAAAAUGUCACGAUGGGACAUGUCAAAGUCAUUAG